AUGACGACGUUAUUCCAUCGUCCGACUUUAGCAAUUUAUUACGUCAUUGUAAAGAAGCUUCGAAACAGAUUGAAAAUUCAAAAACGUUGGAGAGCAAUCUGUUUUCUACAGCUUUUGUAAACCUUGUAGAAUGCCUAAGACCAACCAUAGAGCGAAUUGAAGAAACAGCUAUCCAAAAUAAUCCAAGUAAUAGUCUUGACGAUGAAACGUCCUAUGUUACUGCCCCAGAAUUACCUACAGUCCUUCGGACGUCCGAAGAUGUUGGUGAAAAAUAUCCCGGUAAACACUUAAUGCCUGGGACGUAUAUCGACGACGACUACCUUAUCGAGGAAGCCAACAAUGUCGAAAAUCUAAUGCCGGCAGAUAAAAACCCUUAUGAAGAUAGCGUUUCUAUGUUUAACAAAAAUUGUGAUUUUGAUGAAAUAUGUAAUACCCGAGACAGCAAAGUCUGCUCUUCUGACGCAACCAAUGUAAAUUUUAAAGGAACACGUAAUACUGAUAAAAAUACAACGAACGCAAACGAUAUCUAUUAUCGCGAUCCUGGCAGUGCUCAUGUCCCAACUAUCAUCCCUAAUUCGAAGAAACAAGAUCGCAGCAUUUCAUACACAAAUAGAAGUGGCGAUACAACACCAACAGGUAUUAUUGCAGACAAUAAUAUAUGCUGUUAUGGUAAAGCUGCUACCUCCGCUGUCAUCAGUAAUGCAAUUAUUGAUACUAGCAACCAAAAUCGGAGGAAAACACUUGGUACACCAUCCGCUUCAUAUUAUCGCAUGAAACUUAUUUCACAGGAAAUUGAUGAACUGAAGAACGUCAUUGAUACCAAUAUCCAUUUAUUUCAUACAAGUUCCCUGGAUAACAAUUAUUUUGUCACAAUUGAUGGUCAUACAACCGCCAACCAUGAUGAAUAUGAAGAUGUCAAAUUUGGAAUUAUUAAUAAUCCGGAUGAAAUGAAUCACGACACAUUUGUAGAUAUUGUCUCGCCUGAUGAUAGAAGUUAUUACGAGAUCUAUACUAAAGACAGGGAAGGUUUGGGGUACAAUGCUACUAACGGCAUGGGGAAUUUGUAUACUAAUCGCCAAAAUGCUGCUGAAGUGAUACCUAAUAGCACUGACCCUAAGAUGCUUGUUCGUAUUGAGCAACUUGAACAGCUUGAACAUGAUAUUGAAGGACAAUUGGACGAUAUGACAACAUACCUUCACAAUCAUCAUAUCAAUGUGACCUCGAACACCUCAGAUAGAAACGCUUCGUCUAAAUUAUCACGAACAAGCUCUUUGAUUCAAGUAGGUUCUGACGAAUUCAAAUUAAAUUAUCUCAUAGAUACAGCUGUCGCAAAAGCCCUUGAAAAUUCUUACAACAAGCUUAUUGAGGCAGAACCAACAAGAUCCAAACCCUAUAUUAACAGCAACUUGCCACUUCUAGAAGUUUGUAAAGGGUUCGAAAACUUUCUAGGGCUUGGAGUAAAAUGCGUUUCAAAAAAAUGAGACAGUUUAAAUAAAUUUGCUG